UAUUUCAGCUUUGCUUACAUAUUAAGAGGAAAGAGCAAGCGUCGUGUACGUACUCAGGGAUUUUAUUAAGCGGUAGAGAAUUGAGUAUUAAGUUUAUGGCGGAGGAGUAUCAGGGCGGGAUUUGCGGUGGCAACUGGUGGAGCACUGCAUCGAGACAUGCGCUCGUGGCGGCGGCGUCGCCGUGUUCAGUAGGUUUCAAUGAUCAUAUGGGGAGCUUUGGCUGUCCCAACGACAUGGACAUGAUCAAGUCGUCAAGGUCUACUUGUGGCGGCUUUGGUCUUAGUUCAUUGUCGUCCACAGUGCCCUCAGAUUUGAACCAAGCGUUGCUCCUUCGCAGUGGUAGUGGAAGAGGUGAGAGCAACUUUCAUAAUUCUAUGCUCCCAGAAGCAAUGGGUUCUUUCAAGCAGCCUAUGAAUAAUCAAGAUUUUUCAUUAGACCAAAGCAGCUCCUCCUCUGGGUUUCCUAUAACCUCAUCAUCAGCUAAUAAUUCUUACGGCAGUGGCGGCUUCCCUUCACAAUUGUUGCAGAAUUUGUAUGAUCCGGAAGAAGUAGUUGUACCCCAACCACAGCUACAAUCACUAUUCAACAACGGCUCCUCAUCCAUGAGUUAUUCUUCAGCUGAAAAUUAUGGCACACUUGGUUCCAACGCUUUAUUAUCAUCACCAGCUUCUACUACUACAUGUUGGCCUAGGUACUCUCCCAGCUGCCUAAGACCUUCACUGCAGCCAACGCAACAACAACAACCCGUAGGAGGCAGUGGUGGUGGCGGUGGAUUGCAGUUUUCGAAUAUCAAUACACCAUUCUGGAAUACUCCCGCGGCCGCUCUAAACCAUGACAUCCGAUCAACUGGUCUUUUUCCCUCCCUGUCACAGUCACAAUAUACAGCACCUACUGCAGCAGCUUAUGAUGAACAUAAACCCAUUACUUCCGGUAACUUCACUAAGGCCAACACUAAUGAAGAUGUUCAGGACUCGAGCUCCAGUACCGUCAAGAAAAGCGGCAGCAGCUUCUGUAGUAGCACUGAACCCGUAUUCAAAAGAGCUCGGAUUGAAACACCUUCCCCAUUACCAACUUUUAAGGUUCGGAAAGAGAAGCUAGGGGACCGGAUCACAGCUCUCCAGCAAUUGGUUUCGCCUUUCGGAAAGACUGAUACAGCUUCUGUCCUCCACGAAGCUAUUGAGUACAUCAAAUUCCUCCACGAUCAAGUCGGUGUUUUAAGUACUCCAUAUAUGAACAAUGGAGCUCCAAUCCAACACCAACAGGGUUGUGAUAAAUUGAAGGAGGGGGAACAAGGAGGAAAACAAGAUCUACAAAGCCGAGGAUUGUGCUUGGUUCCGGUUUCAAGUACAUUUCCGGUUGCUAAUGAAACCACGGCCGACUUUUGGACUCCGACAUUUGGAGCAACGACUUUCAGGUGAUCCAUCACAGGUGAUCAAGAAGAGGCCGGCGCGGCGGAGCCAACUUGAUCAGGAACCAGUUUAAGUUUUCUACUAAGGAAUUUACUGCAUGUCUUGUAAGUAAUUAAAGACCAGAGACGCUAAAAGUACUUAGUUAAUUAGUUAGAUCAGGGUGGGGGGGGGGGGGGGGGUUUGGGAACAGGAACAGGUGCUAAAUUUAGCGGAAGGUGUUGACAUUAGUUUAAUUAGUAGUUGUUAAUUUUUGUUAACAAUAGCUGAAUUUAGCAGAUGGGGUUCGAUAAACUGCCCUUUUUGUUCCUGUUCAUGUGUUAAGUUGUCAGCUAGGGCUGGCAGCACCACCUUUGUAUUAUUAUCUCAGAG